AUGAAGCCCAUAAGAAUUGCAGAGAAAACUAUUCGUAAUCUGAAAGGAAUUUCCCAAAAUAUAGAAAAACUAAUCCAACAAAAUCAAAUCAGACAAACACCCCGCGUCUUCUUCAUCUUCUCUCUCCCACAAUCCAUAAACCCCCGUCUGUUCUUCACUGUUAUUACUUUUGCGCACAAUAUUGUCUCCACCGACAGAUUGAAACCCCAACCAGAUUUGACUUCUGAGAAUCCGAUUAAAUCAGGCGUUGGUUUGUAUUUGAACAUCUUGUGGGACUAA